CAUAGCUAUGCGUUAUCGUUAACAAUAUAAUUAAACAUUUCAAUUAAAAAGCACACAAACGAUAUAUAUGAUGUUAACAUAGAUAAUAAUUAACAGUGACUAUAUUUUCAUUAUAAAGAAGGAACAUAAAAAGUGUAAAAAGAUGAUAUAGUUACAUAAAAAAAGCUUCUGUUGAUAAAUUAUUGCCUAAAGAAGGAGACACACGGAGAUAAAUAUGUCUGAGAAAGAGGAACCUUUAACCUUUUUGGGUCCAAGCGAAUUGGGGUCUGACGAAGUCUUCGAGAUGUAUUGUGAAACAUGUUAUAGAGAUGGAAAACACGCUAUUGCGUCGGCUUUUUGCACGGUUUGCAUUUCAUAUCUUUGCUCCACAUGCUUGGACUACAUGGGAAGUUCCUACCGGAACAUAUUUGCUUGUUUGGGGAUAGCAUACCACAAGAAUGUUUGUACUGAAAAAUGUCCAAUUCAUUCCAAAGAAAUUCUGAAGUUUCAAUGUUUAACGUGUGACACAUUUGUAUGCUCUACUUGCAAAAGGAAUGACCAUAAGGGCACUUGUGAUUUAAAAUAUUUACCGGAUAUUGUCAAAGAUUUAGAAAAAGGCAACGAAUUAAAGCAACUUAUAUCUGAAUGGAAUGAGAUUUCAAGGAAAAUGGCCGAUAUUGAUAUAAAAAGCAAACCUCAACAAGAGCAGAUCGACAAAAUAAGCACUAAUUUGAAAAUCGGAAUAAAAAAGGAAAAGGAUUCAUUGUUCGAAGAGUUUGAGAAGGAAGCUGAACAAAUUGAGGAGGGAGCACGUUCAGUGAUUAAAUCUAACGAAGAGAUGAAAAAAUAUGUGAGAGAUAAAAUUGUAUCUUUAAGCCAAGAAAUCGGAUGCCUUGACCAUGGUAUUUCUCAGAUUUCUUCAUCACCAACAAAAGAAAAGUACAAACUGUUUAUCAAAAUGAAGGAUAUAAGUCCAAAGCUAACGGAAAUUGUAAAAGACAUUGACAUUUUAACAAAACAUACCACCAAAGACAAUUCUUUUAGGAAUGAGUUGCAGAAACAUGCAAAUGACUUAAAGGAAAGAGUCGUUCAUUUUGGCAAAAACGCCCGGGAGUUUAAUAUACAUAAGAAAAAAAUAAUAGUAGAACCAAAACGAAAAGUCGCACGCUUUGUAUGUGAUAUCAACGUUAGUUCAUUAUUCGACAACGGUUCUUGUCACAUUGGCGACUGCUGUUUAUUGUCCGAGCAGUAUCUUAUAGCCUGUGACAAAACGAAUUCCUCGGUGAAACUCAUCGAUACAAAAAUUGGAAAGGUAAUAUAUGUACGAAGAAUCAGAACUGUCCCCGAAGCUGCCGCAAAGGUCACCGACACGGAAUUUGCCCUUGUUCACCCAUGCGACAACGACAAAGAGAAAAGUAUAAUUCAAUUUUUGACAGUGACAGACUCAAGAUCUCUUGAGUUCCAGACAGGGUUUAUGAUAACACAAAUGUAUUGUACUAAUAUUGUUUACCACGAUAACGACACUUUCAUAAUUUCUAUGUGGGCUAACCAUCAAGGUAAAGUGCAAAUUGUAGAUAUGACAGGUCACGUACUGGCAGAUAUUGAGAACAACACAAAAGGCGAAAAACUGUUCAAAUGUCCAAACUACCUUACCAUAAAUUCCGACGGUACAAUGUUGUAUGUGUCGGACUGGUACCGUAAUUGCAUUACCGCCAUAAAUUUGGAAAACCGAGCAGUCAAGGAGUUACGCCAUCGGUUUUGGCACCCAGAAGGAAUAUCGACUGACAAGGAAGGACUCCUUUACAUCUGCGAAAACGGUACAAACCGCAUUCACGUUUUCCAUCCCGAAGAUAACAUUUCACCUCCAGAUGUUUUACUGGAAGACACUUCUGCUAAUUGGCAGCCUUUGGCUGUUUGCUAUUCUUUGUCAGAUAGAAAGUUGUACGUAAGCCAGUACGGUCUGAACUUUAUAAAAGUGUAUGAAAUUAAUGAUUGCGUAACUUUAUAGAACUGAAAACAUGACCGUAUGUCUGUGGGUAAUUGAAAACUGCUGUAGAAGAGUUCCCAUAGCGUAAAUAAUAAAAAAAAAGUGUGUGUAGAAGAAAAAGAAAGUUAGAGAAUUUCAAAUAUCCUACCUAAAUUCCUGAGACAUUAAAACAAACAAUAGAUGAAAACUUUAGAAAUGUGCCGCGUAAUCAUAUCCACGCUUUAAAGUUGUAAUCAAUGUUUUUAACAAAAUGUAUAUACAUGUAUUAUGUGAUAAUUCUUGUUUAUGCGUGUAUGAAUAUAUACCAAUUCAAUAGUUUCACAACAAGAACAUGGUUUUGUUCUCAUUCUCAAAAAGUGAGAAAGAUAGAAAUAGAGAGAAAGAAGAAGAAACUUUGUAUUUUAAUAAUAGUACAUUUUGAUGCACCGCAUUUUACUUUUUAAUUAGCCUUUCUAUACUUAUUUUCUAGUUAAAUAUAAUUGUUAUGUUAUAAAAAUGCUAAAUUCUACUGAUUGUCAAUGUAUUUUUUUUGAUAGCGUAUCCUUACGCAUAAUUCGAAAUUUUACUGUUUCCUGUAACCCGGACGUGUUUAUUGUUUGCCAUGUUGGUAAUGGAAGAUAUGAUGACGUCGUCAUAUUAAUUUUAAUUUACCAAAUGACGGUUCUUAUGGAAGUGUUAAGUUAUGCAUACGGAAAUAAUAUGUUUCAUAUAAGUUGCCGAUCCAUUUUUACUGUGUAUUAUACUAAUUAUUUUUGUAUAAGAUAUGUCAAUUUUAUUUGCGUGACUUUUAACUCCUAUUGUAUUAUCUGUUAGCAGUGAUAGUAGUGUUAGCAACUCUUCCUGCCAUUUUCCUUGGUAUUUUGUUAGCAACUCACAAGUUUCAAAUUUUGAUAGGAAACCGUUAGCAAACUAUCAGCAAUUCACGAAUAAAAGAAUAAAAGGCUGAGUUUCGUUAGCAGCAAGGACUCCGCAACUGAAAACCUCUGAGUUCAUAAGAGAGUAAAGUAUUAUUUAACAUUGAAAAGUAAUUUAAUUUUAUUUUAGUAACGAGAAAAUUUACUUUAAAAAACUUUUGUUUAAAUCUUGUAAUUAAUUUACCCUUACAGUAGAUUUAAUAUCUGUAAAAAGACUGAAGUCGAGAUUCCUUUUACGGAAAGGUUCUGCCUUAAUAGUUUGCAUAUUUUCCUGGAUGAAUUAUAUUAAAAAGGAUGUAAACAUUUUAACAAUUUCCAUUUUAAAAUUUGAGUAUUAUUUAUUACGUUUUAUUUAUUGUUUAUUACACAAGCACCAAUCCCGAUCUUAAUCAUAUGUUAAUAAUAAUGUUUGUAAGCACGGCCGUAUAUUGAAAUUCGAGAUAUUUUUCGUGUUGUUGUCGGGUGUUUCAAUUGCGCAAGGUUGAUUGUUAAGGGCUUACAUUAAUAAAUUUAGUUAAAAUCAAA